AUUUUGAUUAAGAACCAAUUUUUUCAUGUGGGUUUAUUGAGUUACAGACUAUUCGUAAUUAAAAAUUUGAUCUUGAUGAUUCUUGACCAAAUAUUUUAAGCUAGAUUUUCCAUAUGAUAUGUAUAUAUAUUCUAGUAGAUUCCUUGGAUUUUCAUAGCAAUUUUUAUACAGAUUUGGUUGUUGGGUAGUUGAUGUUUGAUUCAUCGAUACUGUUAAAUCACAUCUCUUUUUAUGAUCUUGCUCAUAUUCUCUCAUUACUUUUUAACAAAAUAAAAAAGAGAAGAUACUUGUUGUCUACCGUUUUGGUGGUUUAAUUUAACUGAUACCAAGAUGCUGUUUUUCUGGGUUAUAGUAGUAGUAGUACCUAUUGAAAGAAACCCCAUCGGAACAAAAUAUUAUAUUAUUAGAUGAUUUUGAAGUAAUAGUAGCAAAGCAUAGAACAGCAUUUGUUGGGUUUUGCAAUUUGAAAGCUUUUAAAAAAGGGAAGGGAUUUUAAAAAGAGGAGAAAAACAGAGGGACAGAGUUUAAAUCAGAAAUGAAAAAGAAGAAAGAGAGGAGGGUUUUGUGAUUUGGAGAGUCAGAUUUGCAAAUUUUUUAGUGUUUUUUUGAAGUGUGUUGGCUAUGUCUCCACAGCUGACUUGCUGACCCGGGCUCCGUGGGCUUUGCCGCCGACCAAGGAAACAGCCACUUUCUCUUAAACCCUCUUCCCAUUUAAGACCAAUCUCUUUUCUUUUCUCCCUUCUUUAAAAAUUUCAUUAACCCCUCUCCCCAUUUCCUCUUCUUUCUCUCUUACUAAGCUUUUCCUUUGGUUUUUCUCUGAAGAUUCCCCCACAACCUUCUUUCAAAUCCUCUUUUCUCAUUUCUCUAUGGUUCUUCAUUGGGGAUUCUGCUGUUUGCUGAAGUUUUGAGCUCAUCUUUUGGUGUUAUUUGUUGUUUGAGUAUUGAGGAAGAGCUUUUUUUUUGGGGAGGGGUGAUUGAGUAAACUUGAAGGUUAUUUCUUGGUUGUCAAGAUGAAGUUCAUGAAACUUGGAUCAAAACCUGAUUGUUUUCAAACUGAUGGGACCAAUGUUAGGUAUGUUGUCAGUGAAUUAGCUACGGACAUCACUGUUAUCGUUGGGGAUGUCAAGUUUUACCUCCACAAGUUUCCCCUUCUGUCAAAGAGUGCUCACUUGCAGCAGUUGGUCACUGCGGGCACUGGGGAGCACAAUGAUGAAGUAUACAUUCCAGAGAUCCCAGGCGGUUCUGCGGCAUUUGAGAUAUGUGCCAAAUUCUGUUACGGCAUGACUGUUACUCUUAAUGCUUAUAAUGUAGUUGCAGCUCGUUGUGCUGCUGAAUACCUAGGAAUGCACGAGACAAUAGAAAAGGGAAACCUAACCUACAAAAUUGAUGUUUUCCUUAGUUCGAGUAUCUUUCGUAGCUGGAAGGAUUCAAUCAUUGUUCUUCAGUCUACAAAGUCACUAAUGCCAUUAUCUGAGGAACUGAAAUUGGUUAGCAAUUGCUUAGAAUCUAUUGCUGUGAAGGCCUCUGCUGAUAUUUCUAAAGUUGACUGGUCUUACACAUAUAACCGUAAGAAACUACCCGAGGAAAAUGGGAACAAUCCCAACUGGAAUGGUGUCAGGAAUCGUAGUGUGCCAAAGGACUGGUGGGUUGAGGAUCUUUGUGAGCUAGAAAUUGAUGUAUAUAAGCGUGUUAUAGUGAGUAUAAAAAACAAAGGAGUAGUCCCUAACGAUGUGAUUGGAGAAGCCUUAAAGGCUUAUGCUUACCGCUAUCUUCCAGGCUUUAGCAAAGGUGUGCUUCAAUGUGGGGAUCCGCUGAAGUAUCAGUCGGCAGUGUCCACAAUCGUCUGGCUGUUACCUGCUGAGAAAGGCAGUGUUUCCAGUAGUUUCUUGUCCAAAUUGCUGAAAGCUUCCAUUUUCCUAGCUUUUGGAGAUGAGACCAAAGACGAGCUCGUUCGACGAAUGGGACAACAGCUAGAGGAGGCUUCAGUGAGUGAUCUCUUGAUCCGAUCACCAGAAGGUGAAGCUAUGACCUAUGAUGUUAAUGCUGUACAGAAAAUGGUGGAGGUGUUUCUGUUGCAAGAUCAUAAUAGUGAAAUCGAGUCACUUGAAGAGGGAAAUGAGAUUCAGGAGCCAAGAGGGCCAGGGAUUUUGUCUGACGCUACUAAGUUGAUGGUGGCAAAAUUGAUAGAUGGUUAUCUUGCUGAGGUUGCAAAGGAUCCCAACCUACCAUCAGUAAAGUUCAUUGAUCUUGCAGAAAUGGUAUCUGGCAUCACUCGGCCUUCACAUGACGGGCUCUAUCGAGCCAUAGACAUGUAUCUAAAGGAACAUCCAGGGAUCGGCAAGAGCGAUAAGAAGAGAAUCUGCAAACUGAUAGACUGCAAGAAACUAUCUGCUGAUGCAUGCAUUCAUGCGGUACAAAAUGAACGGCUUCCUCUACGUAUGGUUGUGCAGGUAUUAUUUUUCGAGCAAGUCAGAGCCUCAGCAUCAUCAGGCAGCAGCACUCCCGACCUACCUAAAGCCAUCAAGGAUCUUACAAGUGGAUCUCACAGCAGCUCAAGAUCAGCCACGACGAACCCCGAAGAAGAUUGGGAUGCCGUCGCCAUGGCUGAGGAGCUGAAGGCCCUCAAAGGGGAGCUAGCUUCCUUGAGGCUUGCUAAUGGUAGAGGAAGUAGUGAAAGAAAUGGGGAUGGUAAAAAUGGAAUUGACAAAGCAGCUCUUAGUAAAAUGAAAGGAUUGCUCAAAUCAAAGAAGCUUUUCACAAAGCUAUGGUCAAGCAAAGGAGGAGGAUACGGCGAAAACAGCGGGUCAGAUUCAUCAGAGAGCCUCGGUUCUGCUAAUCAGGAGGAAGCUAAGUCAACACCUUCAAGGAACAGAAGGCAUUCAGUUUCUUAGAAAGGUUCCAUUUUGGAGUGUUUAGUGAGUUGGGUGAACUCAUGAGUGGUUAAAAUGAGCAAGAAUGAAGUAUAUAUAGGUUAAGAGUCUGUAGUGUAUAUCAGUUAUUGCAGCAUUAUUACUAUUGAAGGGCAGUACCCAACCAAACAACAGCAAAAACAAAAACAAAAAAUGGAAAAAAAAGUUAUAUAUUAAAAAUAUGAGAUCUUUUUUCUUGUAUGGGGGGUUGUUUAAGUUAACUGAGAUUUGUUCACAAUGUUGAAAUCCCAUCAAAGAUGGAUGAGAAUCAUUCUCUAAUAUUGUUGAGGUGAAUCAAAUAAAGAUUGUCUUUGCCUAUAGGAGCAUUUUGAAUUA